AGAAAACCGUUUCAUUGAAUUUUACGCGUUUUUCCGAUCGGAAAGCUUUGCAGCUAUCAGGAAUAUACACCAUGGUAUUUUUUUUAUGUAAGUUCGAAAAAUGAGGUAGAAAAGCUGUUUCUAACAAGGGUUUUCUUUAAAUAUUUAAUGAUCUUUCAUUCUGUGCAGAGUGGUUUGGUGGGCGUGCCUGUGACCUGUUGUUUAUCAGUCCCUACUACUGCUAAUGGAAAAUUUCGAAGUAAAACGUACUUGACGAUGAGGCAAUAUUUGCACCAUAUCAUCCUGUCUAAGUCUAUCAGUAAUUUAGUCUCUUUAAAAGUUUCUUUUCAGUUUUAGGAGCCAAAAUGAUUUUAAAAAACCGCGAGAAACUGUCAUUGGGUUAAGAGGAGGUAUCGUAUAAUGUUAUAUACCACAUUAGUGAAUAGUGCUUUUCGCAUGCGCUUAUUGGCUAGCCUGGGGGGAUAUGGGGAACGCUAUUUACCUCCAAGCAGCCGGAGUGAAUGAAAGUGGCUUCUCUUUCCGCUUUGGUCUCUACUGCGAAUUGUUUUUCAACAUAUGUGGAGACUAUACCCAAGGAAACAAAAGCGGCAACAAGCAUUUGAUGGUGGUCUAUGCAUUAAACUGGUAUCAGAGUGAGUUUGAUGGAUACCAAUACCAGCGACGGCAACGACUCUUUCGAUUGGUCUCGGAUCAAUUUUACUAAAGCCGAAAGUUUUUCUUGGUUUGUUGUCAUCGUAGCAGAAUUAUUGGUUACAUUUAUCCUUAAUUUGAUCACCAUUAUUGUAUUUGCGAAGCAGCGCCAACUACAGCGCAGGAGCACAUAUCUGAUCAUCCAUCUGGCCAUAGUUGAUCUCUUGGUCGGAGCAGUCUCUGGGCCUCUGUGUUUGACUCCUCCAUUAACAAACGUUUCCUUAGAAUAUCUUCGAAGUAUACUGGGCAGGUUGUUUCCUAUAGCAUCUGCAACUACACUUACUGCAAUUUCUCUGGAGAGACUGCAUGUUACAUUUUGUCCAUUUCGACAUCUCACCGUCAAAAAGCGUGCUUACGUCGAAACAAUCUUUGUUAUUUGGGUGAUAUCCAUCUCCUUGGAAAUAAUUCAAACUUUUGCGAUGCAAAGAAAUCUGUUUUCUAUCACUGCAAUCGUGUAUUUCUCUUAUUUUUCAAGUGUCAUUAUAAUUAUUUCAGUCUCGUAUUUUUCGAUAUGUAUAAAAGUUCGACGUAGUCGGCAUCUUCAACACGAGUCUAUGGCCAUCAGAAACAGAGAAAAGAGACUCACAACUUCCUUAAUCAUUGUUACAUUUGCAUCUCUACUGACUUUGUCACCAGUUUUCAUCUACGUAACUAUACAGAUCGUCUUCAGUGUACCUGAGUUAAGUCCUACCAAAGCAUCAGGCAUUCGGUUUUUUCUCGCAGGAGUUCUAUCCUUGGGCUUAAACUCGUCAAUAAAUCCAUUAAUUUACUCCAUAACGAAUUCAGAGUUCCGAACAGGCCUUGCACGGAUAUGCUGCAGGCUUCACCGACGCCAUCCAAUCCAUGCCAUUCCUGCAGUGAGCCCGGGCAGUUUUCGUCUUCGAGAGUUUCGCCGGCCAUAAUUAAUCUUCCCUGACAGUCAUCGAAGUUUAGCAAGCGGCCAUUUUGGUCGUAGAAGCAGCCGAAACGCAAGUUGAUGAAUUUUACUUCAGUGCAGAACUUAAUUUUGUCUGCCUUAUUUGGCGUGUUCUUUUCAUUCUUUUCAAGUUUGUUCUUCGUCGUGGUUGAAAUUAUUUUAUCAAACGUGACAAGAAAAAGUGUUCUCUCACAACUGAUUGAGAUCAGUCAGAGGCUUGGUUCAUCAAGCAUCGCCUCUUCUUCUCAAUCAAAGAGUCGAUUUUAGCAUCCGAAAUCGUUAAUUUUGGAAUCAUCCUUUUUUUACGGCGGAAAGGGGAUGGGCAAUGGUAAUAUGAGUAACAUCAAAAGAGCAUCGAUAUCACGUAAAGUUAUUUGUAUCACAAAUUGGCAAAGAUGGCAGUGAAGAGGUGCAAGUAACACUUGACCAUCGCCCAUUUUCCCAAGGACUGAAUUGAGAAUUCUUGGCUGCUUGUUAAAAAAGAGUAUAAGAUUGGUUUGAUCAAAAGAAAAAAAUAAAACAUUAGGCAAACAGAUGGUAUAUACUAAAUAAAACGAUGUUGGUUAUAAUAUUAACUUAUUACAAGAGAGGACUUUAUCCUCUCUUGCUAAUCAUUAAUAGGAACGCUUUUUUCUAGAUAAAUUGCUGUCAAUGAGGUAAUUAGUGCUUAAUUAAAACUCCUGUUGAAUGUG